ACUAUUAGUAGAUUUUAAACAUUAUAAUGUCAACACUGUAUCUUUUUUUUUUCGUUCUUUCUUCCGGUUGACAGCCAAAAGCAAGAUGCGUUCCGUCACGCUCAAGGAUGUUGAACAAGACAAAGUCGUCAAGACCGUCGCUGCCCACUUGAAAAAGACGGGCAAGGUCAAGGUCCCAGAACACAUGGACCUUGUGAAGACCGCUCGCUUCAAGGAGCUGGCUCCCUACGACCCCGACUGGUUCUAUGUACGCUGUGCCGCCAUUCUGCGUCACAUCUACAUCCGCUCCCCAGUCGGAGUCAAGACUGUCACCAAGAUCUUUGGUGGCCGCAAACGUAAUGGUGUCACACCCUCACACUUCUGCAGAUCGUCUGGCAGCAUCGCCCGCAAGGCGCUCCAGGCCCUGGAAGCCUUGAAGCUCGUCGAGCAAGUCCAAGAUGGUGGCCGCAUCCUCACCGUCCAGGGCAGGCGUGAUCUCGACAGGAUCGCCGCUCAGGUCAAGCUAAAGGCCAAGCAGGCGGCUAAGCAGCAAGUCAUCGUGCUGUAAAAUGUAAUAAAAAUAUAACAAAA